AUGUCUCUCUCUCUCUCUCUUUUUCAGGUUAAAUUAAUCGGUUUGCUCGAGCUCAACAGUAACAACAACGAAGAAAUCCAACGGGAAGCGGCCAAUUUGAGAAAGAAAUUAUUUUUAAGAGCCAUGACGAAUCAAUACACUUUAUCGACGAAUACCAAUUCGUUUUACGCAAAAAAUUAA